CGCGACGCAACAGUGACGCCCGUCCACACCUGUCACUCGAAACUGUGACUCGCGUCUGCUGUACGUUGUCGCGCCGGAAAUAGGAAGUGCAGUGACUGUUCUAAUUUUAAACUUUAUUUGAACUUCGGACGUUUUCUUUUUUUGUUUUCGUGAGCAAUCCACAGGCAAUUGGAGAAUUAGUUGGGGACUAUUUGUAUUCGGUGCCCGCGAACCCGUGAAACAUCGGCACGUAAAGAGGAUUAGAUCUCGUUGAAGAGUUGACACUUUCUCUGGUACAGCACGCGCCCGCCGUUCCCACGGUCAUCCGUGCGGAGAUAACGUAGGGGGAAAACAAGAUGAGCCACGUUCAACCAGGGACCAGGCACAAAUGUUUCAGGUAAUCCAGUAUGAAUCGAGCGGCGACGGGCAAACCGGCGAGGGUCCGGUUAAAACUAGCAUGGUGUUUGCUGCUAGCAUGGUGUCUACAAACAGUCACAGCCAACAGGCCGCCGCGUUUUCUGAUCGAUGGCCAGUCAGAAAUAGUGGUGAGACUGAAAGAGGGACCAGAAACGCCUGUUGGCAGUCUCAUAUACCGACUCAAAGGUGUUGACCCCGAUGGGGACACAUUAAGAUUCGGAUUGAGAGACCAAGUGGGUAGUGAUAUUAUAAGAAUAGAAGCCAUUUCAUCCAACGAAGCAAAUAUUUAUUUAGUUAAGGAAUUAGAUAGAGAGGUCCGAGAUGAAUACUCUUUUGUCCUUACUUUGACUGACGGACACUUGGGCGAAGGCAACUUCGUCACGCAAAGCUUUUUGUUGUUAGUCGAAGACGUUAACGACAACGAACCAAUAUUCAAACCGUACCCUACGGCAAUCACAGUCAAAGAAAACUCAGCACCCGGCAUAAUAGCAACUGUAGAAGCGACCGAUCUAGACGAAGGAGCCUAUGGACAAGUUCUGUAUCAUUUACAAGAAGUCGACGGAGAUGUAGAAAACUUCUCCGUGCAAACCGUUAAUGGUAAAGGAGUGAUCAGAUUGUUAAGUAGUUUGGACUACGAACGUAAAUCGUUGUAUCAACUGCGAGUGUUAGCUGUGGAUCGAGCGAAUAAAGGACGAGUGAACACUGGCACUGCAGCGAUAUUGGUGAAGGUCAAGGAUCAGGAAGACCAGCCCCCUGAGUUUGUGGUGGCGAGUCCUGUCACAAGAAUAAGUGAAGAUGCACCUGUGGGGACAUCGGUUUUACAAGUUCGUGCUAUUGAUGGCGACAGAGGUAUCAAUAACAGAAUAUCAUACAGCAUCAUCUCCGGUGGGGAAGAACACUUUGACAUUGAUAGCAGUUCAGGAAUUGUCUACACUAUCAACCAACUUGAUAGAGAAGACCCUAACAACAGCAAUGGAGCUUAUAUUCUGGAAAUAUUGGCUACUGAAGAAUCACGAGCAGUCUCACCCAUGCCAAGUGCUACUACAGAAGUGACAAUCAUAGUAACUGAUGUCAAUGAUGAAACUCCAAGGUUCCGAAGUGAAAGGUAUAUAGGAGAAGUGUUGGAGAAUGCUCAACAAAACACACCAAUAACUUUCCUGAAAGAUGCCAUACCUGAGGUGUAUGAUUAUGAUCAGGGUAAGAACGGAACAUUUGAAUUAUACCUGCAAGGUGAUAAUGGUGUUUUUGAUGUAACACCUUUUAAGGGUAUAAAUGAGGCUUCCUUUUUGAUAAGAGUAAAUGAUGCAUCAUUUUUGGAUUAUGAAAGUGUUACAGUAAUGAACUUCAGUCUAGUCGCCAAAGAAACUGUUGCCAAAGAUCCUAAAAUGAGUAUUGUACCAAUCAUGGUUCACAUCAAAGAUGAAAACGAUAAUUUCCCUGAGUUCACUGAAUCUCUGUACAUGGUGUCUGUACCUGAGAACUGUGGAGUAGGUACGACUGUAGCCUGGGUGCAAGCGCUCGAUCAAGAUUCUGAUAAUUAUGGGACAAGAGGCAUUAGAUAUACUAACCUCGGUGGGAGCAUUGCUAAUUUAUUACACCUCAACCCGAUAUCUGGGGUAAUAACUGUAAAGCAAGCGGGUGGCGAUAGUUUCGAUCGGGAAUUGGUCUCCCGCCACUACCUAACUGUGGAGGCUAGAGAUGACUUAGGCAGAGGUAACAGGAACACAGUCCAGCUGAUCAUCAACAUAGAGGACGUUAAUGAUAACGCUCCAAUGUUCCUGGCUAAUAAAUACGAGGCGAGGUUGCUAGAAAACGAGAGGCAAUUCGAAAAUCCGCUCGUUUUAGAGGCCAGAGAUAUAGAUUUGAACGGUACUAAAAAUAGUCACAUCGAGUAUUCCAUAGUAGGUGGUGAUUACAAAAACAAUUUCUCAAUAGAUCCCAAUUUAGGCAUCAUUACACCUGUUGGAAAAUUAGAUUUCGAGCAAAUACCCGGCGACAACGGCAACAUUAGACCUAUACAUCUAACGGUAAGAGCUCGUGAUUUCGGUGUGCCGGCGCUGUCUUCUACGGUGCCCGUCACAAUUUACGUUCAAGACGUGAACGAUCAUGCGCCGAUGUUCCAGCAAAUGAUCUACAAGAGAUCUAUACCAGAAGACAUGCCUGGAGGGACGAGUGUUUUAGAGGUGAAAGCUCGCGAUGCAGACGGUUCAUCGCCCAACAAUCGCGUAGUUUAUCGAAUCCAACGCGGCGCAAGCGAUAAGUUUGUCAUCGACAGUCGUACGGGUGUAGUCUCCGUCGCCAACGGGUCUUCCUUGGACCCGGACAAGACCAAUCCCAAGAGCAAUCGAUACACCCUCACUGUGGUGGCGCUAGAUGGCGGUAUUGGGGAACAUCAGUUAUCUGCGGCGGUGCUCGUAAACAUCACGAUAGUGGACGUGAACAAUAAACCGCCCGUUUUACACGAGCCCGGCGCCAUCGCGGUUAGAGAGAACACAGAGGUCGGUACCCUCAUUUACCACGCUCAAGCUUACGAUCCUGACGAACAACCGGUUCUGAGGUACACUUUAGAUAAAGCAAACAGCCUGGCGAGAGACGAUGAUGGAGUGCUUAUACCUCCGGCAGAAUACGACUAUCUCUCACUUUGGGAACUGAAUUCAGUUGACGGAACACUGAGGGUUGUGAGAUUACUCGACAGGGAAAAAGUAGAAGUUUUAAAACUGAUGAUAACAGUCGAAGAUAUGGCCGCUAUAGACGGUGGUCCUAGACAAACUGCCUCGGCUACACUCACUAUACUAGUGGAAGAUGAAAACGAUAACAACCCGAGGUUUCGGAAACCGUACUAUCGAUUUUCUAUACCAGAAAAUUCUAAAAACGCAGCUUACAUAGGCACAGUCACCGCAGACGAUGCAGACAAGAAUCGCACUAUGACGUACUACCUUGAAGGUCCGGAAGAGCUACUAAGUAUGGUGCAUCUAGAAAAGAGUUCCGGUGAAAUAGUUGUCGCUAACAAAAUCGACCACGAAAUGUAUCCUUGGAUCAACCUCACUGUUAAAGCUGUGGACAGUGGCGUUCCACCACGAUACUCCGUAGCUGACUUAUUUAUACAGGUGUUGGACGAAAAUGACAACAAUCCCGUAUUCGAGACAUCCUCGUUCGAGUAUCGAGUAUCAGAAGCGGUAGAGCCUGGAACCACAAUCACCAAUGUAGUUGCCAAAGAUGCAGAUUCCGGCGAAUACGGGAAGAUAACAUACCUCCUAGACAGGAUGUCCACGCAGGGUAAGUUCCUAAUCAACCCAGACACCGGUGCUCUAACCGUGUCAGAAUGGUUAGACCGCGAGACGCAGCCUUCAUACAACCUCGUGGUGGAAGCGUGGGACAAUUAUCAGUUCGGUUACCUCAGCGGUGAGAGUAGGAACGCGUUCAAGCAAAUCGUGGUCCACGUGGAAGAUGUGAAUGAUAACGCACCAGUGCUCCAAAUACCCGAAGAUUGCACCACAAUCACUGAAUUCCAUAACCACCGCGAGCCGAUACUGGUUGUCUCUGCCACCGACGCUGAUGAUAACGCAUCGCCUAAUGGAAGAGUACAAUUCCAUCUGGUUGCUGGAAAAGGACACGAGCUAUUCCGCUUCGAACAAGUGGGCGGUGAAGCGAACACUGGCCGGCUAUUCGCACGGCAAUCUCUCAAAGAUCGUUUCGGCAACUACACAUUGAUCGUUGAAGCGAGGGAUCUGGGAAUACCCGCAAAUUCUGUGCGGGGUGAACUGAGACUCUGUGUCACUGAUUAUAACGACCACGCGCCCGUAUUCGUGCAUCCCCCACAAAACGUCACCAUCAAAGUUCCAGAGAACGCAACUAUAGGCACUCAAGUCGUAGAAGUGAGAGCCAUAGACGCGGAUAUAGGUCCGAACGGUGCUGUCAGAUACCGCGUGAGACAAGACGCGGGCGGUGCUUGGAGAACUUUCUCAGUCCACGCAACUACCGGGAUAUUGAAGACUUCACUGCCUUUAGACAGAGACAAGCAAACCACUUACCAGCUGAGAAUAGAGGCCUACGACUUAGGAUUGCCGACGCCCCUUAGCUCAGACUUGGAUCUCACAAUCUACGUACAGAAUGUAGACAGUUACCGCCCCAGAUUUCCAUACAAGAUGUUCAAUAUUAACGUGACCGAAAACUUGCCCAAGUAUGAAGUGUACUUGCCCAGCGUGAUCGAAAGAGACGCUAUAGACCGAGGCGACGAACCAGUGUUGCCAGUGUGCUAUUAUAUCGUGGAGGGGAAUGUGGGAAACGCCUUUGAACUGCAGAGAAGUACGCAUAAAUUGUCAACAGUGCAGCCAUUGGAUCGUGAACAAAUAUCUUUCUACAAUCUAACUAUCCUGGCUACAGAAGACUGCGUAAUUUCUCCCAACUACCAAGCCGACGUGGAUGGAGUCAGUUCUCUCAGAGUUCUCAUCGAAGUGAACGACAUCAAUGACAACCCGCCGAGAUUCACAAGGAAGAUAUUUACAGGCGGUGUCACUACCGAAGCGGACUUCGGAAUCGAGUUCAUGCACGUAAAGGCGGAAGACAUCGACAUAGGUGACAAUGCGAAGAUAACAUACUACCUCAUGGGCGAAGUGAAGGAAACCUUAACUGAAGGCCUGGAGAACUUGGCGGUAUCACCGUUCCUGGUCAACGUGGACAGUGGCGCCAUCUCUCUAAACUUUGACCCGCAGAAAGGGAUGAAGGGCUAUUUCGAUUUUAAGGUGCUAGCAAACGACACCGGCGGGUUGCGCGACGAAGCUCACGUAUUCAUAUACCUACUACGCGAAGACCAACGCGUACGCUUUGUAUUACGAUCGCACCCGUCCGAAGUCAGAGACAAGAUACACAUAUUCCGGGACCGUCUUGCUCGCGUUGCCGAUGCAGUUGUCAACAUCGACGAUUUAAGAGUCCACGAGAAUAAAGACGGUUCGGUGGAUAAUACCAAGACUGAUCUGUACUUGCAUCUGGUGAACGGCCAAGACCAUUCGGUGAUGGAGGUGGAACAAGUGCUGAAGAUUGUCGACAAGAAUAUAGAGCAGCUGGAUGAUCUGUUUAAGGAGUUCAACGUGCUGGACACCCAGCCAGCUGAAUACCAGCCUUUAAGAGCUGAAGCAGCUUCAUCUAACCAAGCCGUUUUCUGGCUAGUAUGGACAGCGUUAUUCCUGGCCGUACUGCUGGUACUGUCACUGCUAGUCUGUGUCACGCAGAGAGCAGACUACGCGCGCAAACUGAAAGCAGCCACCGCCACCGCAUACUCUACCCCAACCGCCGGCGAAUCGGACAUGACCAUUCGGAGCACCGCAGGCCGAGUGCCAAACACGAACAAGCACAGCACGAAAGGCUCCAACCCGAUAUGGCUGCACGCCUACGAGAAUGAUUGGUACAAAUCCGACGACCAAUUGAGCCAUUCAGAACGAGAUUCGCUCGACGAAAACGCAGUAGACCAAGACUUGUCGAACGAAAAGCCUUAUUUCAUAACAACAGGCGCUUUCCCCUCCAUAGACUCCAACGAAACCGAAGUACCAAACAACCAAGCCAAAUACGAUUUCUACCAGCAACUAGAACAAAUGAAGAACGCCAAAAACAUGGAGACAACUGAGCUGUAAACAAGAUGUGUUAGUUACGUCAUUAUUAGAUAUUAUAAUGUGCCUAUGUAAAUUAUGUACCUUUCUGAAUGUUUUUUGUAAGAUUUUAUAAAAUAAUAAUGAAACGGAUUUCCUCUUAA